AAGUGAUUACCCACUCAUGAGAGCCAGUUACUGGCAUCAUCGCAAUUCCCUGUAAGUGGCUGCAUCAGUAGCUUGAACUUGGCUCUACAGGAACAUGUACGUACAGCAAUGGGUAAAUACUACAAAUCACUUCCACCACCCCAGACCGGUGGUUAGCCAUCCCCCGGCAUGCCGCAGACACUGGGUGACAGAGAGCAGGACAGUGAAUUCUCUCCGCGGUGGCCCUACUGGACAUUUCCGCCUGGCUGGGGUUUCAGACUCCGCACUCUCUGCGGCUGGAGCCUUGUUGAGGACUCGGUGCAGCUCUCGGGCGGAUACGGAGAAAAGUGAAUGAGGAAUGAAAACUGACGGAUCACUUAGGUCUCAGUUGGUAAAUGAGAGGUGCUAGGAGAAAAGCCUGCCUUUCCUGGCUUCUCUGCUUCAGCAGAAUCUGGCCAGGCUGGGUGGAGCGACCAGAGCCGUGCAGAGACCGGAGCCGGGCCUGGGCACGCGGCCGCCUUGUACCUCGCGGAGGGCCUUUCCCCUCGCUAGCAGCAGAUGGCGCUCUUGCGCGGUCGGCCCGCGGACCACCGGUACGGCGUGACGACGCUCUAGCAGCCGCUUCUCCGUGGCAAGCCGGGUCGCCUCUUCAGCCCCCCGAGCGUGGCGGGGCUCUCGGGCCCUGCAGAAAGCUCCAGCUCAGCCCCGCAGCCUGCGGGCAGCGGUCAUGGCGCGGCUCCCGAAGCUCGCAGUCUUCGAUCUGGAUUACACGCUCUGGCCUUUCUGGGUCGACACGCACGUCGACCCUCCGUUCCACAAGGGCAGCGACGGGACCGUACGCGAUAGGCGGGGCCAGAACGUCCGGCUGUACCCCGAGGUGCCUGAGGUCCUGGAGCGACUGCGGGGCCUUGGGGUGCCCAUCGCGGCCGCUUCACGGACAGGUGAGAUAGACGGGGCCAACCAACUACUGGAGCUCUUCGACCUUGUCAGAUACUUCUGUCAUCGAGAAAUCUAUCCAGGCAGCAAGGUCACCCACUUCGAGAGGCUGCGUCACAAGACCGGGCUUCCUUUCUCCCAGAUGAUCUUCUUUGAUGACGAGAAGCGGAACAUCGUAGACGUCGGCCAACUGGGUACUGAGUGGUGUAACCUGCAUUCACGUCCAGAAUGGAAUGAAUCUGCAAACCCUAACUCAGGGGUUAGAGACGUUCGCAAAGGCCCACGCUGGGCCCUGAGAUCCAGCCCUGCGGAUAAGCCUCAGCAGAGGCCCAACUCUGAAAGGGAAUCAGCAAGGCGUUUUCUGGUGCAUUUGUAGCGUAUUAAAGUGUCAUCUGUGUGUGACGGAA